AUGAGCAGCACGGACGCAUCAAAUGCAGCCGACAAGAAUGUCGAAAUGUGGAAGAUCAAAAAGCUGAUCAAGUCAUUAGAAGCCGCUAGAGGAAACGGAACGAGCAUGAUAUCCCUCAUCAUACCUCCGAAAGAUCAGAUAUCUCGAAUCGCUAAAAUGCUGGCUGACGAAUACGGAACAGCUUCAAACAUCAAAUCCAGAGUCAAUAGAUUAUCUGUCUUGGCCGCAAUCACAUCCACCCAACAGAGACUCAAACUAUACAACAAGGUACCACCGAACGGGCUAGUCAUAUACUGUGGCACCAUAGUCACCGAAGAAGGCAAAGAACGUAAAGUCAACAUUGACUUUGAGCCAUUCAAAGCAAUCAACACAUCCCUAUACCUCUGCGACAACAAAUUCCACACUGAAGCACUAGGAGAGCUAUUAGAGUCCGACUCCAAAUUCGGAUUUAUUGUCAUGGAUGGUAACGGUACCUUGUUUGGUACCCUGACUGGAAACACGAGGGAAGUCAUACACAAGUUCUUGGUCGAUCUACCCAAAAAGCACGGUAGAGGAGGUCAAUCCGCAUUACGUUUUGCUCGUCUACGAGAAGAAAAACGUCACAACUAUGUCCGUAAAGUAGCUGAAUUGGCAGUCCAAUUCUUUGUAACAAACGAUAAAGUCAAUGUCUCGGGUCUGGUACUAGCAGGUUCAGCAGACUUCAAAACCGAACUAUCACAAUCAGACAUGUUUGAUCAACGUAUGCAGGCCAAAAUCAUUAAACUAGUAGAUGUAUCGUAUGGUGGGGAAAACGGAUUUAAUCAGGCUAUAGAAUUAUCCACCGAAGUAUUAGCCAAUGUCAAAUUCAUCCAGGAAAAGAAGCUCAUUCAAAAGUAUUUUGAUGAAAUCUCUCAGGAUACUGGUAAAUACUGCUUUGGUGUAGAAGAUACCUUGGAAGGGCUUAAACAGGGUGCCGUCGAAAUACUGAUUGUGUGGGAAAACUUGGAUAUAUCUAGGCAUAUCUUGAAAAAUCCACUGACUGGUGAAGAGGUUAUUAAACAUUUGACAAAGGAACAAGAAAAGGAUCGUAGUCACUUUUCUGGUGAAGGACCGGAUGGAGCCAAGUUUGAUUAUGAGCAAAUUGAAAAGCUGUCACUAUUAGAAUGGCUUGCCGAUAAUUACAAAAAGUUUGGUGCAGAAUUGGAAUUCGUGACAAACAGGUCACCUGAAGGCUCCCAGUUUGUAAAAGGAUUUGGUGGAAUGGGGGGUCUGUUACGAUACAAGGUCGACCUCUCAACCCAGGAAUGGGAUUCUGAUGAGGAAUACCUCAGUGAUUAA